AUGGAAUUAGAGAUCCUAAUCUGUCCUCUGUACUACGGGGGUUACAACGAGUCCCUGGUGGCCCUCAAUGGCCACUUUGACAAGCCCAGCUGCCACGGCAACCCUGACUUCAACACUAAUCCGCCUGUGCUGAAGUUUAACUUCUCCAUGGCAGACGAUUCUCUAUCCACAUGCUCCAACAAAGUGACGAUCACAGAGGAAGUUGGUUCUGGGGUGUUUGUGGACUACUCAAGGGUCCAGUAUGUCAACAUCUCAGGGGUGAUCAACUCAUACGAUCCCACCGGUGCCACUGUUGUCUAUCGCCAAGAGCUGAUGUACCUUUACUCCUGCAGAUAUCCACUCCAGUACCUGACAAACAAAACAGAGGCCAGUGUAUCUGGAGUGAGUUUGGCUAUCAAAGACAACAACGGGAGUUUCAUCAGUACCUUAGGCAUGCGUCUGUUUCAGGAUGUCUCGUACACUUCCCUUCUCCGGGUGCCAGAGAGCGGGCUUACGCUGAAAACGCGCAUUUUCGUCGAAGUCAGGGCCACCAACCUCACACAGAGGUUUAAUGUGCUUCUGGAUCGAUGCUAUGCAACCACCAGCGCUUUCCCACUCAACAGCACUUACUUUGACCUCUUUGUUGGGUGUAACCACGAUAUACAGACAGUCAUGGGAAUCAAUGGAGACUCCCAGAAGGCCCGCUUCUCCUUCGAGGCUUUCCGCUUCGUGCAGGACAGCAACAAGACGGUGUCGACCUAUUACGUGCACUGCGCCACCAGACUAUGCGAGAGCUUCUUCUGCAGUUCUAUACAACAGAACUGCUCAGACGGCGGCUCGCGGAGGAGAAGAGAGAUCAUGUCGGCUCAGGGGACCUCUGUGAGCGACACGGCCACCGUCACCUCGGGCCCAAUUACCACCAGAAAAGACAUUGAUGCUGACGGUGGUAACCGAACGGUGUUGGGAGUGGCUGCAGCCGCGGUACUGAUGGGAGUGUUCUCCAUUGCCACCAUAGCAGCCAUAUUCUACCGGAUUCAUCACUCUAAAAAGUCAUCCACAGACAAGACCAUCCUCCACCACUAA